AUGGCCAGCAAUCAACCUUACGACCCGUACAUCCCCUCGUCACAAGCACCCGGCGCCGGGGCGGCCAUGAGUGGCAACCCCAACCGGACGGCCGCCAUCCAGGCCCAGAUCGACGACACGGUUGGUAUUAUGCGCGAGAACAUCAACAAAGUCGCUGAGCGGGGCGAGCGGUUAGACUCGUUACAGGACAAGACCGACAAUCUGGCCGUCAGUGCCCAAGGGUUCCGUCGGGGCGCCAACCGCGUCCGAAAGGCCAUGUGGUGGAAAGAUAUGAAGAUGCGUAUAUGCCUGAUUUCGAUCGUUGUGAUUAUUAUUAUUGUCGUUAUUGUCGUUCCCAUUGCUACGUUGGUCAAGUAG